ACUCCCGCUGAGGGGGGGCGGUUUCGGAGGGUGGAGGAGUGUGGGACCGGGUGACCCCGUUGUGGGGGGAUUGGAGAGACUACCCCUUUGCCGGCUGAGGACCCCAGAGGUUUGGGCGCCGGCCGUCUAGAGUGCCUGCCAACCCUUCCUUCCGCUUCUUGGGGCAGUUUGGCCCCGCCCCAGGCUCCUCCCGGCCUUUGGGACGGCGUGGGGUGGGUAUUGGAGCUGAGCAAGGGGGAGGAGGGGCUGCAGGCGUCCUAGUUAAACUGUUCUUCUCCGCUAACUUGCAGCCCCUCGCCCGUCUCACCCCCUGCCCGUCCCCAGUCGUUCCCCUCCAAGCAUUUAUGCCCUCAGCUGUUCAGCAGAGCUGCUGCCUUUUCUCAGAGGCCUGAGGAAGGCAGUUUCUGCUUCGUUCUCCGUGGGAAUGGGGAUGGUGAUUUACACCACAGAAUGCCAGAAUUUAGAAUACUUGCUUGUGGUUCAAAGCCUUGGAUAAAAUACGGCCGUGGUCCAUCGUGGAGUCAUGGCAGUGCCCUUUGUGGAAGACUGGGACUUGGUGCAAACCCUGGGAGAAGGUGCCUAUGGAGAGGUUCAACUUGCUGUGAAUAGAAGAACUGAAGAAGCAGUUGCAGUCAAGAUUGUAGACAUGAAGCGUGCCAUAGACUGUCCAGAAAAUAUUAAGAAAGAGAUCUGUAUCAAUAAAAUGUUAAAUCAUGAGAAUGUAGUGAAAUUCUAUGGUCACAGGAGAGAAGGCAAUAUCCAGUAUCUAUUUCUGGAGUACUGUAGUGGAGGAGAACUUUUUGACAGAAUUGAACCAGACAUAGGCAUGCCUGAACAAGAUGCUCAGAGGUUUUUCCAUCAACUCAUGGCAGGGGUGGUUUAUCUGCAUGGUAUUGGGAUAACUCAUAGGGAUAUUAAGCCAGAAAAUCUCCUAUUGGAUGAAAGGGAUAACCUCAAAAUCUCUGACUUUGGCUUGGCAACAGUGUUUCGGCAUAAUAAUCGUGAACGUUUAUUGAACAAGAUGUGUGGUACUUUACCUUAUGUUGCUCCAGAACUUCUAAAGAGAAAAGAAUUUCAUGCAGAACCAGUUGAUGUUUGGUCCUGUGGAAUAGUACUUACGGCAAUGUUGGCUGGAGAAUUGCCAUGGGACCAGCCCAGUGACAGUUGUCAGGAAUAUUCUGAUUGGAAAGAAAAAAAGACAUACCUCAACCCUUGGAAAAAAAUUGAUUCAGCUCCUCUAGCUUUGCUGCAUAAAAUCCUAGUUGAGAAUCCAUCAGUAAGGAUUACCAUCCCAGACAUCAAAAAAGAUAGAUGGUACAACAAACCUCUCAAGAAAGGGGCAAAGAGGCCCCGAGUCACUUCAGGUGGUGUAUCAGAGUCUCCUAGUGGAUUUUCUAAGCACAUUCAAUCCAAUUUGGACUUCUCUCCAGUGAACAGUGCCUCUAGUGAAGAAAAUGUGAAGUACUCCAGUUCCCAGCCAGAACCACGGACAGGUCUUUCUUUAUGGGACACCAGCCCUUCAUAUAUUGAUAAACUGGUACAAGGGAUCAGUUUUUCCCAACCCACAUGUCCUGAUCAUAUGCUCUUGAAUAGUCAGUUACUUGGCACCCCAGGAUCCUCACAGAACCCUUGGCAGCGCUUGGUUAAAAGGAUGACACGAUUUUUUACCAAAUUGGAUGCAGACAAAUCUUAUCAAUGCCUAAAAGAGACUUGUGAGAAAUUGGGCUAUCAGUGGAAAAAGAGCUGUAUGAAUCAGGUUACUGUAUCAACAACAGAUAGGAGAAACAAUAAACUGAUUUUCAAAGUAAAUUUGGUAGAAAUGGAUGAGAAGAUCUUGGUUGACUUCCGGCUUUCUAAGGGUGAUGGAUUAGAAUUCAAGAGACACUUCCUGAAGAUUAAAGGGAAGCUGAGCGAUGUUGUGAGCAGCCAGAAGGUUUGGCUUCCUGCCACAUGAGAGAUCCACUGGAUUCCUGGUGAAUAUAGUGCUGCUAUGUUGACAUUAUUCUUCCUAGAGAAGAUUAUCCUAUUCUGCAAACUGCAAACAAUAGUCUCUGAAGGGUUGUCUUCCCUCUAGCCAAACAUUUUCCAAUUCUUUUUGUAUGUUCUUCAUACAAACAAUACCUGUGUCUUCAUUGUAAGUAAAGCUUUGGGGAACGGAUGGAUAGAAUUCAUUAGAUAUUUCUUCAUCCUGUGUUUAGUGUCUAAAGACCCAUGUGCUGGAAACCAAGCUUUGGGGAUACAUGAGCUUACCACCUUUUAUACCAAUGUAAUGAAAGAUGAUAUUCUUAUAGCAUUGUUAACAAAACAUUUGGUUUCAUCCAAAAAGUAGGUGUUUCCUAUGUUGAUUUAAUUACAUGGAUGGAUUAGUAAUAAAGCAAUCCUGUGACUUUUGGACAGUAGAUUUAUCAGUCUAUAAAGUGAAGCCAACUUCAAAAAAUAUAUCCCCAAGAUUUGUACUUAUAUUUUCACAAGGGCCUUACCAAGUAUAUAAAUCUGUUUUUGAAUUAUAACUGUUACUUAAAAUUGCAAGUAGGUAUGUUUUCUCCAUUGUAGUUAAUAAUAUAUAAAAUACUGGUUGUCUUUCAAGUAGAAGUUGAGCGUGGACUCUAGUCCUUAACUACCUUUACUCUAAAAUUACUAUUGCACAUUUUAAAUAUUUUUCUAUAUUAUUUUCUACUUUCACAGCCAUAUUUUAAUUCUUUAUUACAGAAAUAAAUUCUAUUUUGAAAAUGAAUAGCUAACUCUGUGGACUUCUUGGUGACCAAGCUUCUAGGUAGUAGGGAAUAAAAGAGGAGGGAGAAGAAGUAAGGAAGCUGUGAUAGAAAUAGAUCUGAUCCUAAUUCUUUUACUAUUAGAUUUACUAAGACUUUGUUCUUCUGAUAAAAUUUAUAUUAAUAUUUGAAUGUAUUAGGUUGGGACCUGUAUUCCUUUUUCUUGGUAAUUUAUAAAAUUAAUCAUUUUAGUCUGAAGCUAAGAAUAUGUGAAAUUUUAUGGUUAGAGUUUAUCACUUAUUAGUAUAUACUGGUAAAUUGUGUUCACUGCAGUAUAUCCAUAGGAGAAAUAAAUUUGAAGCAAUAGGUGACUCCUAAGAAUUGAGCCAGUAAAUUCUCAAAUAUGAAACAUUUUGUUCUUGAGAAUUGUGAUUAGUAACUCUCAAAAACAAAGUUAUCUCAGGCUUUGACCUCUCUUGUGAGCUUUAGACCUUUACAGACACAGCCAAGCUGACAUUUCCACUUGACUAAUAGUGAACACGUGACCAAAACCAGCUUUUGGUCCCUGUCUUCCAACCUGUUCUUCCCUAAUUUCUCCCAAUCCCAGUAAAUGCUAUAUUCAGCUCUCCAGUUCCUUAAGCCAAAACCCCAGGAAUCCUCCUUGACCUGGUUUUCAUAUUGUACAUUUAAUUCAGCAAAUUCUGUUCCCUUUAGCAAAUUUAUCCACAAUCUAUCCUACUUCACACCUCUACUAGAAGCACUCUAGUUGAAGGCACUGUUACCUCUCUUUUCAUUAUUACUUACCCUACAACAGUUCAAAAAGACAAUCAGAAUGAUCUUUAUAAAAUGUGAAUGAAUCAGUUAUCCUUCCCCUGUACUCAACUCUCAUGGCUUUUCAUCACACUUCAAACAAAAUUCAAAAUUUUCUCUCUCACCUUCUGGCUUAAUGGGAUCUGCCGUCUUACCAACGCCUGGGCCUCCUCUGCCACUCUUCCUACUUACGCUGCCCUAGCUGCAUUUGCUUUGCUGUUCUGCUCAUGUUUACUUGAGCAGACACAUUCUUAUCUCAAGAUCUUUUCCUUUGAUGUUCCCUCUCCCUGGAGUGCUUUACUCCCAAACAUUCAUGUGGCUUGUGCUUCACUUUAAGUCCUUGCUUAAGUGUCACCCAUUAUGCAAAUCUCCUUGGCUUAUCUAAAAUGUUACCCCACUUCUAUCAUUCUUUAUUUUUCAUCAUAACACUACCUGACAUUAUAUUUUUAUUUACCUAUUAAAUAUCCAUUUCCCUCAUUGCAGUAUGUAAUAUGUAAGCUCCUUGAGGUCAGGGAUCCUAUAUGUCCUGUUCAGUUCUGUGUCCCCAGCACCUAGAAGAGUGCCUAAUGUAUUACAGGUGCAAUGAAUAGUUGUUUAAUGAAGAAAUAGACAAUUGAUCCGGCCUGUCCUCAGAAUAUAUCUGGGAGCUGAAGACUUCUGUCCAUUUUGAUUGCUGCCACUCUAGUUCAAGCUCCUUCAUCUCCUCCCCGAAUUUCUUACUAAAAACUAAUGUCUUCCCACUUCCACUCUUGCCAUUUCCCAACCCUCUCUCCCUCAAAGUCUUUUCUUGACAUAGGUCCUAACUUGUUUUUUUUUAAAGAUAAAUUGUACUCUGACACUCCCUUGCUUAAAAACCUCCAGUGACUUUCCACUGCAUCAAAAAUGGAAUCUGGGCGCCUGGGUGGCUCAGUCGUUAAGCGUCUGCCUUCGGCUCAGAUCAUGAUCCCAGGGUCCUGGGAUCGAGUCCCACAUCGGGCUCCCUGCUCUGCGGGAAGCCUGCUUCUCCCUCUCCCACUCCCCCUGCUUGUGUUCCUGCUCUCGCUAUGUCCUGUCAAAAAAAUAAAAUUAAAAAAUCUUAAAAAAAAAAAUGGAAUCUAAAUUGUUUUCUUGGACUGCAAGAUACACCAUCUGUUCUCUUUGUUCAUCAUACUAUAGGCAGAGUAGCCUUCUACCUCUACUUCUAUUCAUUAAGCAUGCCAAAACUCAUUCCCAUUUCAGGCCUUUUAUGUUUUCAGCUCCCAUCACCUGGAAUCCCUUCCAGUAGUUUGCAUGACUUACUUAGCAUUCAGAUCUCAGCCCAAAUGUUUCUACUAUCCCCAGUCACUGUCCCACUGUUUUGUUUUCUUCAUAGAAUUGAUUACUAUCUGAAAUUACAGUCUGUCUCCCUGACCAAAAUGUAAGCUUAGACUUCGUCAUUUCUUUUCCCCUUUGUAUAUCUCCCCCCUCCUUCCUGCCCCUUUGUAUAUUUUGUAUGUGGAACAGUACCUGGAAUACAGUAGGCCCUAAAUAAAUAUUUGUUGAAUAAAUGAAUUAAAUAUCAGAUGAAGAAAAUGCUACAGAAUAUUGUAAGGGGAAGGUGAAUAGAUGGAUAGUAAACAAACUUUCUCAGCUAUUGGAAUUUGUGUAGAAUGGGGGGGAAGUUCCAUUCAGACUUGGACAGAUUAGCUCUCACAGUUGUAAUUACGUGAGCAUUGGCAACCGCCUCUGUAAAGAGACUGAUAAUAACUACAUUUUAGAGUUGUUUUUAAUCUUAAAUGAGUUAAUGUGUAUAAGGAGUGUAGUAUAAAGUGUUGCACAAAAGGCAUUCAAUAAACAUAAGCUGCCAUAAUUUUUCUGCAGUGUUCAUUAUACUGUUGGGAGAAGGUGUUUACUCCCAUUAUUAAAAGUAAUGUUUGCUUAGCAACGAAAAUUUGCAAAAUGUAAAAAUGGGGGGAAUGGAAUUAUAACCCAAAGGUAACAGCUAAAAUUUUGAUGGAAAGUCAACGUGUGCUGCAUUGUGUGUAUGCAUAGUGUGGUGUGUGAAGUGGGUAUGAUUGUUGAGAUAAAUAUAAAUACGUACAAUGUGUAUGGUUUAACAAGCAGUUGUAAAGUUAAUCUGUUUAACCAAACUCAGUUGAAGAAAGAUCAUUUCUGGACCCUCACAAGCCUUCCCUUGUACCCCUUCCCACUCAGAACCCAUUCCUUUCCCCCAGAAGUAAUCAUAAAAUUUAUUUUUAUAAUAAUCCUCUCCUUGGUUUUCUUUAGUUUUCUCAGCUAUUUAUGCAUCUUUAUUUUAUUUUUUAAAAAAGAUUUUAUUUAUUUAUUUGAGAGAGAGAGAGCGUGAGAGCGAACACAGGGUAGGGGCAGAGGGAGAAGCAGACUCCCCGCUGAGCAGGGAGUCCGAUGUGGGGCUUGAUCCCAGGACUCGGGACCACGACCUGAGCUGAAGGCAGAUGCUUAACCUACUCAGCCACCCAGGUGCCCCUAUUUAUGCAUCUUUAAAUGACAUAGUUUACUUUUGCCUAUUUUAGAACUUCAUAUAAAUGAAAUUAUGCUGUAUGUAAUUUUUAUGUGUUGCUUUUUUAUUUUCAUUAGCAUGAAUAACUUGCAUGUAUCGAAUUCAUUGAUUUUAAUUACUGUAUAGGAUGCCAUUUAUGAACAUACCACUAAAAUUAUCUAUUCUCUCUACUGCUAAUGGAUGUUUGCGUUAUUUACAGUUUGACACUAUUAUUAACACCUGCUAAGAACAUUGUUCAUGUCCAUGAAUUUCUCUAGGUCCUGGAGACUAGUGUGUAUACCUGCGAGUGGAAUGGAUGGGUUUUAGGGUAUGCAUAUCUUCAGCUUUAGAAUAAGGGCAAACUGUUUCAAAAGUGAUUGUACCAAUUUAUACUGCCAUGAAAGAGGAUGCAA